AUGGCAGAGCAGAAGGUACACAAUUAUUUGGAUGGUGGUUGGGAUACGCUAAUACAGGCCCUACGGUAUCAUGGCAGGAGGCUGUCAAUGAAGACGUGGACGCUGGAUGGUGGAAUCAACUUGGGUGUUGCAUGCCACGACAAGUAUAAAUACGACAAACAACUUAUCCACCCGGGGCUCAAGGCCUUCUCAAAUGCCGUGAAAGAUGAAAACGAUAAACCCACGAAAUUCUCAACGAAAUCCACUUCUGAAGCCAUAGCAGAAGAAGUUCAGAGCUGA